AUUGUCUUAAAGUGUCAGAAUAUUUUGUUAUAUUUUCUUGAUAUUUGCGUUUGCUGAGAAUUGAUAAGAGCAUAAAUAAAGACAUCACAAUUGCUUAUUUUUAUUAUGUAGCCAUUAGUUUUGACAUCAGUAUUAUAGUUAAUUAUAAUCUAAUCGUUCUAAGAAAGCCAAGAUGGACUUCGAAAGCCCCGACGUAGAAAAGGACUUUCCUGGAUUGUACGCCUCCGAAACCGGGCGGAAAAGUAAUGAAAGUGACUUUAGUGAUGGAGCAGAUCAUGAAAAGCCUAGCAAAAAAGAUUUACUAGGGAGACGUAAAGAUAAAAAGGAAUCAAAGAAAGAUAGGGGAUAUGCUGCCUUAGAAGGUGAAAGCUCACCAGAAGAGGAUACAGAUACAAAAAGUCCAUCAAAGUCGAAGAAAACUAAAUCGUUCAAGUUUCCCUCCAAAAAUAAAGAGAAACGCGAGAAAUCUCGUGAUAAAGAAAAAACUGUAGAAGAGACAAUCAAACAUAAAGAGUCAAAUGAAAAAGAUAAGAAAAAGGAAAAAGAAAGAGAGAAGGAGCGCGAAAAAGAAAAGAAAGAGAAAGAAAAGCGAGAAAAAUUAAAAGAAAAAGAUAAAGAAAAAGAAGAAAAGGCAAAAUUUAAAUUAGAAUCGAAAGAGAAACUCAAAGAUGAUAAGAAAGAUAAAGUUAAGGAAAAAGAAAAAGACAAGGUGAAGGAGAAAGAAAAGGAGAAAGUGAAGGAAAAAGAUAAGGACAAGAAAGAUAAGAAGCUAACUAAAGUGCCCUCAACGGUGACUUCGGGAGUGCCUUUCGAAGAGAUUUUUACUUUAGGAGUCGCGCUGCCUAUAUUUGGGGUGCCGCUUCAGCAGUCCGUGGAACGUUCCAGAUGCCACGAUGACACACUGCUGCCCUUAGUGGUUAGAGACAGCAUUGACUUUCUACAGGCGCAUGGUCUGAAAUCGAAUCAGAUCUACCGCGCUGAUCCGGACAAGAUCAAACUGCAGCAGCUGCGGCGGCUGUUCACAGACCGCGGGCCAACAUUCCCUUACCAUUGGGACGUUCCUGUCGCCUGCGCUAUGCUUAAAGCCUUCAUCAGCGAGUUGCCAGAUUCAAUUCUAACACAAGAGCUGCACGGUCAGUUCGAGCAGGCGACGGCGAUGGCGGAGCCGCAGCGCGAGGCGGCGCUGCUGGCGCUGGUCGGCAAACUGCCCGCCUACAACCACAACCUGCUCGCCUGGCUCAUGACGCACUUCGCACAUGUUGUUGCCAAUGAACAGGUAAAUCAAGCGAACAUUCAAACGAUCACGAACUUCAUGGGCCCGGCGCUCAACAUGUCUCAGAACCUGCUCACGUAUCUUAUCACUAAGGCGGACAAACUCUUCCCUAAUGUCAGCCUAGAGAAAUACGUGCCCCCAUUGCUGUCGAUGGGGGCGGAGUUCCCGGAGUGCGGCGCGGCGAUGCGGCGCGAGCUGCGCAAGCAGGAGUCGCUGCUGAGCCAGAUCCACGCGGAGAUGCACGCCGGCUUCAUCACGCCCGCGCGCGACCAGCGCCUCUGGGAGGCGCAGAGGAUCGUCACGCAGCUCAAGAGGAAACUUCGAUCAGUUCAGAAAUCAGUGGAACCGAACGCGUUACCGCAGCAACCUUCAGUUGAAGACAAACCUCCUGAAGAAGAGCCUUUAAAGGACACACAGACAAACGAGACUAUCACUCAAGCAGACAUCGAAACUAUUAAAACACCUUCUACUGACGCUUUCCAAGACAUAAAAGAAUCUCCAAACGUACCUGAUCAUACAUUCCCUGUUGAAUUCGAGGAUAAUUUCAAUUUCCAAACGACUGAAAUCAAAGAAACGCCAGAAGAAGAACCACAACCACAACCACAACCACCAGCAGAACCAGUGAAAGAGAAACCCAAACUUACAGAGAAAGAGUUAAAAGUAUUAAGACUGGAGUUAGAAAAUGCCGAAUAUCUGCAAUUAAAAUCUCUUUUACAGGCAAAAAUUAAUUCAGAACAAUUUGAAAUAGUGAAACUAAGAAGUCACGUAGCUAUAAAGAAUAAACAAGAAGGUAACGUGCAGACGAAUAAAGAAACAAAAGAGAGUUACACGGCAGAAGAACAAGAGUUACGACAGAAGCUGAUAAAAGAGAACGCGAUGUUAGAACAGAAGAGACUGAGUUUGGUGAACCAAAUAUUCCAAGAGAGGGUCGCUUGCGUACAACUCAAGAUUGAGUUGGCGAUGAACGAGAUCCUCUCUAAAUCGUAGUUAUAAGCUGUACAAUUUUUAUGUAUUAACACAAAUAAAUUAUGUUUUUAAUUUAAUGAGUAUGUUUUAGAGUUAAAUAUAUUUUUUGUUUUA